UUUCUCAUUCACUCUCCAUCUCCUCCUCCUCUCCCUUCAUAUUCUCUCCGUCUGGGAAAAAAAAAAUGGUGGAUCUCGAAAGAAGAGUGUGUUGCAUGUGUGGUGAUGUUGGUUUCUUCGACAAGCUCUUUCACUGCUCCAAGUGCCUUCAUCGCUUUCAACACUCGUACUGUAGUAGCUAUUACAGAGAGCAAGAUGAUCCAAUCAAGAUCUGCGAUUGGUGUCAGUGUGAAGCAAAGAGUCGAACCGGAGCAAAACACGGUCUUAAUGGUGGAUCCAGUACUACUAAGAGAUCCUACCGCUCGGAAUACUCUUCAGCCCACCAAAUCAAACAGCAAGAGAUCAACCAAACCACUGGUAGUAGUAGUAACACUAUUCCUCCAGCAGCGGACAAGGGUAAAACCGGCGUGCCUUCUCCUAGACCAGCCACUCGCAGGUACAAGCUUCUCAAGGAUGUUAUGUGUUAGGAUCCAUGUUUCUCAUAUUUAAGAGUAACAACAACAACAACAACAACAACAAAACAGUUUUAAUCUUAUGGAGAGUUAAGUAGGAUUUGGGAUAAUAAGACACAUGUAUGUAUGUAAGAUAUAUAUAUAUAACUAGCUAGGGUUAUAUUAUAUAGAUGUUUUUAUGGUUUGAGAAGCAAUGUAAUUUACCUGCGGAUCGGAGUUUUAUAUAUAUGUCAUAGUUAUGCUGUGCUAGAGUGCUCUAGUGUUUGAAAUAAAUUAAGUAUGUUUAUGACAACAGAAAUCUUCUCUUUGGUUGAAUGAUUAUUUUUGAGCUUAUUUUUAUCA